ACUCUUGCUGUGCCUUCUUCCGGUUGUGCGUUGUACAGCUCUUUGAUGCGACGAAGAGAUAUGGUUACGUGUUGAUAUUUCUGCAGUUCCUGACAGUUCAAAGACGAGGACUGAGUAAUUUUUCAUCAAAAUGAACUCUAAGGGACCAAUAUUACCUCUCCAACAGAGGUAUUCUAACGGCGUCCCGUUAGGAUAUACCCGUUCAGGAUUAAGAGCUUCGGAACGAUACGUAGUUUAUCUACUUUUUCUUGUGUUCAUGAGUGUGUGUUACAGUGCAGUGUUUCUUGUGCCGGAGCUUCGGGGACGUGUAAACUCAUUCGUGGACUCGCCCGAGCAGCUAUUCAAACCAGGUGGCAAAGAUGAAACAUUCCCCGGUCAUCUUCAUUUGGACACGGGAGAGGAAGAUGUACAUUUAGAACAAGAUAGGAAAAGAAUAGAACUACAAAUUGCCCAAGACAGGGCACUGCAGCAAGCAAGAGGGGCCUUAAAUCAUGCAGGAAAUAAUGAAGGAGGAGCAGACGAAAAUAUGGAUCAACAUGAAGUUGACAGUAUAAAGAAAGAUGUUAAUGAGGAUAAGCUAAAAGUUUUAGAGCAGCAGAAGAAACAAGUCGAGGAAGAUCUUCAAGCGGCAAGGAAAAGUGGAAAAGAUGCAAUAGUUGCAAAAGGAUAUAUUGAAAGGACAGAUGGUGAUCCAAAUGAUAUGGAUGUUACAAGCAAACGUGAUCAUAUACGAGAGAUGAUGUUACAUGCAUGGGAUGGUUAUGUGAAGUACGCAUGGGGUGCCAAUGAACUGAAGCCCAUCGCUAAGACUGGUCAUUCAGCAAGCAUCUUUGGGCGGUCUGCCAUGGGCGCCACCAUCAUUGAUGGCAUCGAUACACUCUUCAUCAUGGGACUGAGGGACGAGUAUGAGAAAGCAAGGAAUUGGAUCACCAAUGAAUUCAAAUUUGAUGCGUCAAGCGAUGUAUCUGUAUUUGAAACCAACAUCCGAUUUGUAGGAGGACUGUUGUCGAUAUAUGCUCUCACACACGAUGAGGUGUACAAACAGAAAGCUAUUCAGAUUGCUGAUAAACUAUUACCUGCCUUCAACACUCCAACAGGAAUACCUUUUGGUCUGGUCAACCUGAAAACUGGGAGUGCAAGAAAUUGGGGAUGGGCAUCAGGCGGCUCUUCCAUUCUCUCAGAGUUUGGCUCCCUCCACCUGGAAUUUACUUAUCUCUCGGAGAUCAGCCAAGACCCUAAAUACAAGCAGAAGGUGGACAAGAUUCGACAAGUCUUGAAGGAUGUGAAAAGAGCUGAUGGUCUCUACCCAAAUUUCCUCAACCCGAAGACUGGAAAAUGGGGACAGAUGCACGUCUCCUUGGGGGCCCUAGGAGACAGCUUCUAUGAAUAUCUUCUCAAGUCUUACAUCAUGUCAGGAGGUAAAGACCAAGAAGGAAAACAGAUGUACUUCAGUGCUCUAGAGGCAAUGGAGAGUCGUAUGAAGCAAAAGUCUGGAGGUGGUCUAACAUACUUUGGUGAUAUCCGUGCCAACCGAGUUGACAAGAAGAUGGAUCAUCUAUCAUGCUUCUCUGGUGGAAUGUUUGCUCUGGGCAGUAAGUUCAGCGAUAGCAAGAAGGACCACUACCUAGAGAUGGGCAAGGAGAUCACCAAGACCUGCCACCAAGCAUAUGAUAAUACAGCCACCAAAUUAGGACCAGAAGCCUUUAGAUUUGAAGGUCGAGCUGAGGCAGUUGCUAUGAGACAGAAUGAGAAGUACUACAUUCUACGUCCAGAAACUAUAGAGUCUUACUUUGUACUCUUCAGACUCACAAAAGAUCCCCUCUAUAGGCAGUGGGGAUGGGAAGCAGCACAGGCCUUAGAAGCACACUGCCGAGUUGGUGAAGGGUAUUCAGGCAUCAAGGAUGUGUACGCUACACACGUGGCUCAUGAUGACGUCCAACAAAGCUUCUUCUUGGCAGAGACUCUCAAAUACCUCUACCUUUUAUUCUCAGAUGAUGAAUUCAUGUCGUUAGAUGAUUGGGUUUUAAAUACAGAAGCACAUCCAUUACCGGUAGCAAAAUCAUAGUACAUACAUCACUAGUGGUUGGCAGGAAUGAACACUUCUUAGUUAGAGAACAAAUAUGAACCUCUAGGGCUGGCUGUAUACCACAUGUUGCAGAGGUCCUUUCAGUUGAGUGUUACACCGCCAUUGUCAAGCCUGACUCUUAGACUUGGCCGACAAUCAGCAGGGAUGUCACCUGACUCUUAGACUUGGCUGACAAUCAGCAGGAAUGUCAAUAAAGUAUUAAAAUAGAUUAUGUGGAAGGAGGAAACACUAUUUUCAUACAGAGUCAGUUUGGAAGGUAUAAGACCUACUUCACAUCAUAAUCCUUGGUCAUUACAUCAAUAAUGAUAACAAUAAAACGGUUCUUCUAAAGUGA